AUGGGGUUCUUAGAUACUGAGGCCAUUUGUGUGUGCGAGAUAUAUAAGGGGCUUCUAAGAGCAGAUUAUGGCAGAGAUUCACUAGUCAUGAUAUUCUAUUCACCCUGGAUUGACAAAGAUGUUAAGAGAGCACCAGAAACCCGGAGGAUUAGUUCAAAACAUAGAAGUUCCAACAUAGAAAUGGGAGAUGAUCAAUAUGGAUUUAUUAUAGGUUUGCCUCGUUCCUAUCAGAAGUUUGAUUCUAUUUGGGUAAUUGUUGACAUGCUUACGAAGUCAUCUCAUUUUCUACCUGUUAGAACCACUUAUGCGGCUGAAGAUUAUGCCAGGUUAUAUAUAAAUGAGAUAGUUCGACUUCAUGGAGUUCUGAUUUCUAUCGUAUAUGACAGAGGAUCCCAGUUUAUGGCUAACUUCUGGAGAUCCUUUCAGAGCAGUUUGGGUACUUAA